UGCAGUCUGCACUGCAGUCUGCCUGCACUCUUCUGCUUGAACGUAGGUUGUUUGUGCAGAGUGUGUCGAUUGUUUUGAACUUUGAUAGGUUAGACUACACCGGGAGUUUAUUUCUCAUUACUUCUGUCUAAAAAAGUAAAUUGUGAAACAUGGCAUCAUUGAACACAGUGGUUUUCAAGUUUUAUGAUGAAUAUGCAAACAACACACCUAAGAAAUUGAAAAUCAUAGAUGCUUAUUUAUUUUAUGUGCUACUAACAGGCAUUGUUCAGUUUUUGUAUUGCUGUCUCGUUGGUACAUUCCCCUUCAAUUCCUUUCUCUCAGGAUUCAUUUCAUGUGUGAGCUGUUUUGUUCUUGCAGUCUGUCUGAGACUCCAAGUGAAUCCCCAAAACAAAAGUCAGUUCUACGGAAUCAGCCCAGAGAGAGGAUUUGCUGAUUUCAUUUUUGCCCAUAUAAUUCUUCAUCUUGUUGUAAUCAACUUCAUUGGUUGAUUUAAAACAAAGCUGUUACGAGAAAAAUCAAUGCAGCAGUAUGCAAUCAAUGAAGCAUCGGUGUAAAAUGUAUAAUUAUGUUGUUUGAAAUAAAAUUAAUUUGUACUAAAUAAAUGAA